AUGCCCGCCCAAGCAGGUGAGAUGGUCGAGUUCGACCCCACGAAGGACAACACCCCCGAGGUGGAGGAGGUCGUGCCGGAGGGACCCCCAGGCAGCCUGCUCGAGAUCAAGUACCUCCACGAGAUCCACGAUAUGUUCAAGAACCAGUGGAUGAUCCGCCCUGCCCCUCCUGCCUCGGAAGACGGGUCGAUGGCGAAGAACGACGCGACCAAGUACAACGUCUACGCGUUCUCCAUCAUCCGCAAGUUCAACCACUCCCAAGACGGCAAGAUGAACACGUUCAACGUCACCACUGUGCUUCAGAUCAAUAGCCCCGAGCUGGUUGAUGUCGGGCAAGAUGUCAUAGGCCACGUGCAAGGUAUCUCAUGGACGGCCAAGCCGCUUCGAAUCGAUCCGCACACGUUGCUCGCUUGGGUGCCGGAACUCCAGACGCAUGCGGAGGAGCUGGAAGCGAAGAUUCCGAGCGAGCCCGAGGAUUCCCCCCUGGUACGCAAACACAAGCAUCUCGCCCACCUUCUCGGUUACCUGCGCGAGACGUACGGCACCACCCUCGACAGUCUCGCCUCGCUCCUCCAACAUGACGAGAUCACGUUUGAUCUGCUAUGGUCACUCUUCGUCCCCGGGAAGACGGUCCUCUACACGUUGUGCCCGAUCACCUCCGAGCCGCGCUGUGUACGCCUCGUGCAUUCAGAGCUGUGUCAGAAGGCCGACAACCAGGCAGCCGUAUCCGCCGCUUACGACCCAACGGGGCUUCUGACUUCCAAGGGCUCCACCGAGCAGCAGAUGCAGUACUUCUGGCGCCUCGUCGUCGAGUACGUCGAGGUCGACAUUGGUGCCCCCGCGGACGACCUCAACCCUACAACAGGCUCAAGCACGGCGCACAAGUCGACGUUCGGCUACGCGGGACUCGGACGCGUCCUCGACAUCCAGCGCUUCAAGGGCACGAAGAAGAUCUCGAGCCUACUCGCGUACCCUGUCAAGUACUACCCAGGCCCGGGCGGCGUCUCGGGUCUGAGGACGCGCUUGAUCGAGCGCGGGCGCAAGUGGGCGACGUUGGCGGGCGGGAUGCAUCAUGUCGCGUAUCGCGGGCUCGCGUUCAGGUUUAAGGAGAUGAGCCACGUCAAGUACAGUGUCAACUCACGGAUAAUGAUAGAUCGAAAGACAUUCGCGGACACAGUGCCGAACUAUCCCAUGCUCCCGCGGGUAUCGAAAAACAUAGCUGGGCAGGAGAUCGACAGACACGCUGCGCGCGCGGCGGGCGGCGCUCCGAAGGACGACGUCGAGACGCGCGAGCUCACGGACGACGAGCUCUUCCUGACGUCGCCAAUCGUGUAUGGGUUCAGCUUCGCAGAUAAGCAGUGGUUCGAGUUCAUUGUUGAGCGCGUAGAGUCGUUCGAGUGGAAUGACGAGGCCUUUAAGCAACUUGUCAUCCCGGCAAAGCAUAAGCAAGUCUUGAAGACUCUCGUCGAGAGCCACAACGCCGGCUCAGCGAAGAAGUUCGACGACUUCGUCGCCGGCAAGGGGCACGGGCUCGUGAUCAACCUCUUCGGCAACCCUGGAACGGGCAAGAGCCUCACAGCGGAGGCCAUGUCGGAAUAUGUGCGAAAACCGCUGUAUGUGGUGGGAGCGGCAGAUCUCGGCACCCACGCCGAUGCACUGGAUACGCACCUGACCGCCAUCCUCAAGGUUUCCGCGAUUUGGGGCGCGGUCGUGCUCAUCGACGAGGCGGACGUGUUCCUCGAGGAGCGCACGCUGGCGCAUCUCGAGCGGAAUGCGAUGGUUGCCGUCUUCCUCCGCCAACUAGAGUACUUCCGCGGAAUCCUGUUCUUGACCACGAACCGCGUUCGCGUCUUCGACGAGGCUUUCCAGUCCCGUAUCCACGUCUCCCUCCGCUACGCCGACCUCUCCCCCGACGCGAAGCGGCAGAUCUGGCUCGCGUUCCUCAAGCGAGUCAAUGGCGCGGAUCUUCCUUACGGCGGCCUGUCCGCUGAAGACCUGCGUUCGCUUGGCGAGAAGAAAGUGAACGGCCGGCAGAUCAAGAACAUCGUCAAAACUGCGGGCGCGCUUGCGCAGGGGCGCCAAGAGCGGCUUGCGUUCGUACACCUCGAGCAGGUACUCGAUCUCAUGGAACAAUUUGACACCGCGUGCGUCAUCGUCCCGCUCCUCUUCGCCCUCACUGCAUGA